AUGGCAGCCUUUGCUGCAUUUAAAGGAGAGUUGAAAGAGUCUGCUAAAGUAGAGAUGAAAUUGGUUAAAUUUGAGAUGAAAUCAGUUAAAAAAGAUGGAUACUGGUCACAAAGAGAUGAAAGCCGGUUGGAACGAAUUGAAGCAGAAUUCGAUGUUAUUGAAGAUUAUCGUGACAAGGUCGUUAGAAUUGAAACCAAAGUGAAAGAUAUUCUUCAGAAUCUACAAAAUGUAAGUACUUUAAAUUUAAUUUUGAAUGAAUCUGUUAAUGAGAAUGUAUGUAAGCGUACAUUUAAACUUCCAAAGCUUGAAUUGCGAAAAUUUGUUGGUGAAAUUAAGGAAUGGUUAUUUUUUUGGAGUCAAUUUGAAAAAAUUGACAAAGAUACUACGAUUUCUAAUAGUGAUAAAUUUCAAUAUUUAUUACAAGCGACUGUUGAGGGUUCGCGUGCAAGGGAGGUUAUAGAAAGUUUUCCCCCUACAUCUGCUAAUUAUCCCCAGGUCAUAGAAUGUUUGAAGGCUCGUUUUGGUCGAAAUGUCUUGCAAGUGGAAGUUUAUGUGAGAGAAUUGUUGAAAUUGGUCCUGAGAAAUGCAAAUUCUAGUAAUUCCUGUAAUAACUUGUGUGCAUUAUAUGAUAAUUUGGAACAACAAAUUCGGGCUCUGGAAACCCUUAGCGUCACUACAGAUAAAAGUGACGCAUUACUUUAUCCUUUAGUUGAAUCUUGCUUGCCUGAAGAAUUUUUAAGAGCUUAUCAAAGAAGUGCAAAUGUUGACCAUGGUCCAGACCCAAAAUGUAGACUGGACAGUUUAUUAAAAUUUUUGAAAUCAGAAGAACGCCUAAGUUCAGCUAUGGCUGGUUUUGGUGUGAAGAACGAAGUGACCUGGGGGAUUAAAUCUAUUAAAACUGUUCACGAUCGACCAUCAACGGCAGCAAGUUUGUUGAGUGCUGAUUCUCCCACUAAGAAGUGCGUGUUUUGCUGCGGAAACCAUGAUUCAUUUAAUUGUUUUAAGGCUCAAAAAAUGCCAUUUUCAGAGAGUCAAAAACUCUUAAAAGAUAAAGGGCACUGCUUUCGCUGUUAA